AUGAUAUCAUUCCUCGAUUCUUUCUUAGAUUGGCAAAGCCAAAGCUUCAACGUAUCCUACAUAUUGGCUUUAAUUUCUGUGUUUUCAAUCUCACUGCUGGUAGAGUGGCUCUCACAUGCUCGAUUGAUCAAGUCCAUCACCAGUAACGAUGUCAUUGCGGGGCUUUUACAGACCUUCAUGUUUGCCAUCAGGAUUUUACUUGCUUACUUGCUAAUGCUUGCUGUAAUGUCCUUCGAUACUGGUAUCUUGAUAGCUGCUGUUGCUGGAUAUUCGGUUGGAUUCUUGAUUUUUGCUAGUCAAGUAUCCAGGAAAUUUAAUGUUGAAAAUUGUGAGGAUUUGUCUGAUCUUCCUCCGUUGGUUUGCAUGUGA